GUUGGAGGAUGACACGGAUGUUAGUUCUUUGCAUCUGCGGUUGCCUGAGUUUUGUAUGGCUGUCGUCAGCAAAGAGAUGUUUCAAUCAGAGCAGUGCGGAUCGGCGGGCUUCAAGGUUCAUCAUGAGCAUCCACAGCUUUAGGACGGCUGUGUCUGACAGCAUCCACCUGCAACCGGACUGGGACAGACAGAGCUGCCCCAGCUUCAAACUCCCCACUGUGUCUCUGUCAUCGGUGCAAUACAACAACCGCUCUCUCUCCCCCUGGCGGUACAGAAUCGAUGAGAGAGAGAACAGGAUUCCUGCUAAAAUCCUGGUGGCUGAGUGUCUGUAUGAGGGCUGCAUCGUCAACAAGCACGAGGACAAGACAUAUAACUCUGUCCCCGUGUUGGUCACUAUCACCGUGCUCCAGAAGACUGUGUGCCCUGGCAACCCUCGACUCUACCUGGUGACAGUAGACUCGUGUGACAUCGCUGUGGCAUGCACAUGUGUUGUACCCAGACAGAUGAUUUAAUCUCUUAGAUUAGGUUAAGUGUUACGGACGUGUCCAAAAUGGCACCCUAUUCCCUAUGUAGUGCACUAUGAUACGCACAUGUCCAAAAUGGCACCCUAUUCCCUAUGUAGUGCACUACGUUUGACCAGAACCCUAUGGGCCUUGGUAUCGCUGCACUAAUUAUGCGUAUUUUUUCUCUUUUUUUUUACAUGUUAAGACAGUCAGCCUAUAACAAAGAGUCCAAACUGUGCUUAUACACAGAGACACAACCUUGGAUUAGAUUAAUUCUUAUAGAGAUGAUUAUAGAAUAAAUAACCAUUUAGUAGUGAGAUUUCUCACCAAAAAAAAAAAAAACCACAAACAAAGUUGUGUUUGUUUUAAAACUCACCUUAGGCCUUCCUGUUAAGAUAAGAACUCGAACACUAUGGCCAUUCUCUAAGACGUCUGUACUAUGGCUGUCGGCAUGGAGACACAUCGGGCAUAUUAUCGCCUUGACUUGACUAUGAAUGUGAAUGUGAAUUGGACAGAUCAUUCAAGCAAUAUUGCCAUAUUUACUUGUUUGGUUGGAUUAUGGCGUUGAAAUGUCUUAUGCCGGGGGGUUUUCUGGAACCUGGACUUGAUGAGGU